AGCCAGACGACCUUCAUCUACAGGCCAAAUCGUUCGUUGAACUUGUUCAAAUUUGACUCUCUAGUCGUAGAUAAUCAAUUUCCCUUUCAACCGUGCGUGGCUGUCCUCACAAUGCCUGCCGUCACCCGCAGUCUGCGGUCAUCGACGCGCCUGAACACAGCCCCAGCAGCGGAUGAGAAGAAGCCAUCGCCAGCAAAAUCCAAGCCCAGCACCAAGACAGAAAAGAAGACCAAGAAGCCAAUUUCGCAAUCCCCAUCUCCGCCAAAGGCCGCUGCAAGUCUCAAGAGAAAAGCACCGGCGGCAGCCGAGGAAACAGCUGAGAAGGAAGAAGAGACCAAAGCCAAGGCUGUCGAGGACGAGGACGAGCCCAAGCCGAAGCCCGCCAAGAAGGCCAAGAAGCCAGCGGCAGGGAAGAAGGAAGCGCCGCCGAAAAAGACAAAGGACGAACUCAAGGCCCUUCGCGAUGCGCCCGUCCCGGACGUCAACUCCGAGGCGGAGCCACGGGAUCCGCCGGGCCCGCGGUACUGGCUCAUGAAGUCUGAGCCGGAUGUUCGCAUCGAGGACGGGUAUGAGAUCAAGUUCUCCAUUGAUGACUUGGCUGCCAAGAAGACGCCCGAGGGCUGGGAGGGUAUUCGGAAUUACGUCGCGCGGAAUAACCUGCGAGGUAUGAGAAAGGGCGACAAGGCCUUCUUCUACCACUCGAACUGUAAAGAGCCUGGUGUUGUUGGUAUUAUGAGUAUAGCCAAGGAACAUUCGCCCGACUGGAACGCCUGCAUCAAUGACAACCCGUACUACGACGACAGCGCCCCGCACGAUGGGAGCAAAUGGAGCCUCGUCCACGUCAAGAUCGAGCACAAGUUCCCGCGCAUCGUGCCGCUGAGCCUGCUCAAGGAGUCGCGGGGCAACGGCCCGCUGCAGAACAUGGAGCUGCUGAAGCAAUCCCGUCUCAGCGUAAACAAGGUUACGCGGGGGGAGUGGGAUGAAGUCAUCCGCAUGGCCAAGGAGCUCGACGAGGACAAGGAGUGGGAUAAAACUGUUGAGGAGUCGAAGAAGUUUCCUAACUAUUCGGCAGCAUGAAGGGAGCGGGAGAAAGGUUAUGUUGUGUGACCUUGUUCAAUUAGGCUGACUGACUCUGCAAGUGGUAUCAAGGACUUGGGAUACUGGAUACAUCCCGGCGGGGGCCGCUUCUAAUUCCCAACGUGUU